UGUGACGUCGGCCACGUGACUCCAUCAAAGUCUUUCAAUCCCUCUUUAACCUGACAAUUCAAAUAAAUGCCUACUGCUAAAAAUUAAAGGCAUCUCUCUUUCCUUUUGUUUCUUCUUCUUUCUUUCUUUUAGUUUCUUGUAAUAGUAGGGAAAACAAAUGACUUCGGUCAGCGGCAAAGCCGAUCAGCAAAAGAGGCCGUCUGUGCAGAGCGGCGUCCGCACGUUUCCAAGGCAGUUUCCUUCUUUGAUUGACGAUUUCAUGGAAGGCGACUUUAAAUUUGAAGAGGAGAGGGAUAUGUUAGCUUUUCAAGUACGAGAAAUGGUUUUCCGCAGAAUAAUAGAUACAGAAUACAGCAAAUAUAUCGACUCCCAAGUGGCUCCGUUUACGGUGCACUGUUUCCAAAUGGCACUGAAAAAGCUGUUGAAUUGGAAUUUUCAACAGAAAGAUUUAAUGGAUACCCCGAGGGACUGGGAUGAAGACUACGAGCCUCCGCCUUGCCCAAUCGACAGUUGGGCCAGCUUCGGACUCCCCUUGGCACAAAAGGUGACUGAGCCUCCCUACGUCUCAUCAUCAAUAUCGGUGGAAAACCCACCUGAGCCGGCUGAGUCAGAACUGGCUGAUCAAGAUACAACCAUGUCAGGAAAAGAUGGAAAAGAAAGAAAAUUUAGGGGUAGCAUUGCAGUUCCUUAUAUGCGGCAGGACCACAGGCCAUCAAGAUUGAGUAUGUCACUCAAAUCGACCAGAUCUUUCACCAGCCAUAGACAACAAAGGGGUAGCACUUGCUCACUUUUUCAAAGCAAGACGACUGGGAGCUACUUGAAAAACUUCACAACCUUUGUUCGCGGUCUCGGGAAUUAUAUCGACCCGAGGAAAUUCCCUCCACCAAGCACGCGAAGCCCGAAAGGAGCGGUGGAUAAAGGAGAAUAUUAUAAGAGUGGGCGGAAGGAUGGAGCCGAGUGAGUUAGUGAGGCUCCC